UCGCGUCGGGAGCAGCAGUUCCAGCAUUAUCAGCAGUAGCAUCAGCAGUCCCGCCACACAGCAGCGACAUGGAGGCCAUGCUGCGCAACAUCACGGCGGGCUCCUCCGCCGCCGCCAACCCGCUGCUGCGCUCGGUGCUGGGCCCCAACGCCAGCGCGGCGGACUACGCGGAGGUGGCCCAGUACGCGGAGAACAUGUGGAAGAUGAUGGACGAGAUGGCGGAGCAGGACCCCGAGGGGUACCAGGAGUUCAUCAAGACGCAGGCGCAGGUCGCCAAGGAGGAGGCGGAGAAGGCGCGAGACCCGCAUGUGGAGAGCCUUGCGCCCGCUCUGGUGCUGGAGGCGCAGGCGCAGCAGCCGCAGGCGGCGGCGGUCGUGGCGGCGGCGGCAGCGGCCGGCGGCGCGCCGGCCAGUGUGGCUAACCUUGUGGGGGGCAGCAAGGCGGUGGCGCGCGUGCACGUGUGGGCCGCUACGGAUGCAUCGGGCCUGCGCCCCGCACACUUUGCCGACGGCGCGCCGCUGCGCCCUGGCGCCGCCGCGCCGCCGGGCGGCAGCUGGUCGGGCCUUGUCGUACCGCUGGCCGAGUACCGGGCCGCCAUGUCGCGGCCAGGCCAGGUGCUGGUGCACCACUUCCACGUGGCGGCGCACGGCGACGCGGUGCGCGCGGCGGCAGCGGACGCGCCGCCGGGGGCACGCGGCGCGCUGCUGGAGGCGGUGAGCCAGUUCGCGGAGGCCGAGUACCGCCUGGUGCUCAGCAGAAGCGUGCGCACGCUGCAGGUGCAUCGCGACGCCGUGGGCGAUAAGGCGUUUGAGGGGCUGCACAAGCAGCAGCAAGAGCGGCUGCAGCAGGCGGCUGCCAAGGCGGCGCAGGUGGCCGUGGCCGGCGCCGACGAUGCGGGCACAACGGGCAAAGCGACGGACGCAGGGCAGGGCUUGGGGGCGGCCUCCAACCCGGGUGUGCCACACAGCCUCCUGGAGGAGCUUAAGGUGGUUGGGAUGUCCAACCCAAAGCAGCCGGUGGGCGCGGCGGCGGCUGCAGGCAAGGAGGCGGCAGUAGCCAAGAAGAAGCCUCUAAUUGAAGAGCUGGAUUGACACACGGUAUGGGCAGAUUGCGUUGUUCCUGCAGGGGCAUGUGUGCGAUGCGACAGGGUAAGCUGGGGUGCGGGGCAGGUUGGCGCAGUACCAUAGAAUGCAGGGUGUUUCCAGACCAGAUAGGUGCCGGUGGUCAAGGACAGGUUGGCAGAGGCUCUAACGCUUACGAGCGGUUGGUGGUUGGUUGAGAGCCCAGGGAGGCGUCGCGUUACGCCAUGGGACUGUGGGUACGCCGACCCAGGCCGACCAGACCCCCCAGGAUGCCCGCGUCAGCCAAGUCUGAUUUCAUUGAUACUGCUACACUUCGCGUACGGCAUUUGGCGGUGUUGUUAUGUUUUAUACGGGGUUCCUGUGUCGCCCGCUGGUCCUGCUGACAACUUCACUGGUUUCUUAGCCACUUGACGGUAUGCUGUACGGGCAGUCGGCUGUGCCACCCAAACAGCUCUGGCGGUCUGGCCACACCUGGCACUCGAUACCCGGUAGCUCGA